UUGUUGUUAGAACGGUGGUGAAAAUUGUCAAUUUUUGUAGUGAUAUAGGACUAAAAUGACAUCAAAACGAAGUGUAAAGUGUUUAACCCUUAAGGAAAAGUUAAAGCUAAUUGCCGAAAACAAAUAAAAAAAACAUUGCACAAAUAUUUGGGAUUCCUCCUAAUACGUUAUGAACCAUUUUGAAAAACAAAGACAAACUUUUAGAACAAAAAGGUGACUAUAAUUUUAACUCCAAACGAAAAAGUAUUACAACUUGCGUCAAUAAUGAUGUUGAUCAAGCUAUGCUUAAGUGGGUUACUACCGCACGUGAGAAAAAUCUUCCUCUCUCGGGAACCUUAAUCAGAGAAAAAGCUAAAGAAUUUGCGGUUGCUUUGGGUCGCGAAAUUUUUUCUGCUAGUGUAGGGUGGUUAGAUAAAUUAAAAAAAAGGCGUAAUAUCGCACAAAUGUCGAUUUGUGGAGAAAGUGCUUCAGCCGAUUUACAGUCUAGUGAAGAUUGGAAAAAAAACGUUUUGCCAGAUUUAAUCAGACAAUAACGAAAACGAUAUUUUUAAUGCAGAUGAAACGGGCAUUUUUUUUAAAUGUUUACCCAAUAAAACAUUAGCCUUUAAAGGUCAAAAAUGCUUUGGUGGCAAAAACAGCAAGGAGAGAAUUGCCGUUAUGGUUGCAAGCAAUAUGAGUGGUUCAGAAAAGUUGAAAUUGCUAGUUAUCGGCAAGUCAAAAAACCCAAGUUGUUUUAAGGGUAUAAAAUCACUUGAUGUGGACUAUGAGUACAACAAAAAAGCGUGGAUGACAAGUGAAAUUUAUGAUAAGUGGCUCGAAAAUCUAGAUAAAGUCUUUGUUGCCCAAAAUAGGAAAAUAGUAUUGUUCGUUGACAAUUGUCCCGUACAUCCUAAAAAUGUACAAGCAAAUUUAAAAAACAUUAAACUGCAUUAUUUUCCUCCUAAUUUGACGUCUGUUCUAUAACCAAUGGACCAAGGGAUUAUUCAAAAUCUCAAGCAACAUUAUAGAAAACGAAUUGUGAUGAAAGUUUUGGCCCAUACGGAAGAACCAACUCCUACGACUGUGUCGUUACUUGAUGCAGUCAGGGAUCUAAACAAAACCUGGAAUUUGGGUGUAAAACCACAAACAAUCAGCAAUUGUUUUAGAAAGGCUGGUUUUGGUAAAGGUGAGUUAAUGCAGAAUGCUACUACGGAUGACUGGGAUGAAGAAGACGAUCUUCCAUUGUCUGAAUUGAAACAAAUUUGGACCACAUAUCGAACGGCAAUGGGAACCGAUAAUAUGUCUUUUGAUGAUUACGUCGAUAUUGACGAUGGUGUGCAAACAAUGGGAUUCCCAACAGAUGAAGACAUUUUAGAUAGCGUCAUGGAAAAUGUAGUUCCUUCUGGAAAAGAUGGGCUUAUCCAAUUAUUUCAAAAGUAUUCUAUGAUACACUAAGCCACUCAAUAG